AUGGAAGCAAGGAGCGUUAUAACAAAAGUUGAACAACCAACCAAAUGGGUUAAUCCAAUGGUGGUGGUGAAGAAACCAAAUGGUGAUGUACGAAUUUGCCUUGAUCCGGUGGAUUUGAACAAGGUGAUUCAACGAGAGCAAUAUCCGUUAAAAACAGUUGAAGAGGUAGCAGCUAGCCUUGGGAAUGCAAACAUAUUUAGCACAUUGGAUGCCACGUCUGGGUUUUAUCAAAUAAAGCUUACAGAGGAAAGUACAUGGUUUACGACCUUCAAUACACCUUUUGGAAGGUAUAAAUUUGAAAGAUUGCCAUUUGGAAUUGUAUCAGCACCAGAGGUUUUCCAAAGAAAUCUGGCUCAGAUUUUGAAGGAUAUUGUUGGAUAUUGA